AACUCAAUAUUGGUUUACCUUUUUGACAAACAAGUGUGCAUAGUUUUGAAUGACAUAUUCGUUAUUAGUAAUUAAAUACCAAAUAAUUUUAUACAGUCGAGCAUCUUGUUGGGUGCGUGAACUGUCUCUGUGGAUAGAAUUUCAAAUAACAUCUGUGUAACAGCCAUUUAUUUCGGUUUGUCAACGAUUUUAUGUUUUAUGGUAUUCAGUUGAUGUUUGUUACUAGUUUUUAUAAUUAUUUGUAUUAAAUAAGAUGAGUGGUAAAACGGAGCAUAAGUCGGAAGAAAUUCCUGAAAUUAUAUACGAUGCUAAUACUAAGCAAAGUUAUAAAAGACACAGAUUUUUUGGAAAGGGUGGUUUUGCUAAGUGUUACGAGAUUAUUGAUUGUAAAACGAAAGAAGUAUGGGCUGGCAAAAUCGUAUCCAAAAAAUUAAUGUUGAAAGAUAAUCAAAGAGAAAAAAUGACACAAGAAAUUGCUAUACAUCGCUCUCUGAACCACAAACAUAUUGUUGGAUUUCAUGGAUUUUUUGAAGAUAAUUUUAACAUUUAUAUAAUAUUAGAACUGUGUAAAAAGCGGUCAAUGAUGGAGUUACACAAAAGAAGAAAAGCUAUAACUGAGCCUGAGACAAGAUUUUAUAUGCAUCAAAUUUUAUUAGGCGUGCAAUAUUUGCAUCAUAAGAAAAUCAUUCAUCGUGAUCUAAAACUUGGAAACUUGUUCUUGAAUGAUAAUUUAAAUGUUAAACUUGGUGAUUUUGGCUUAGCUGCGAGAAUAGAAUAUGAAGGUGAGAGGAAGAAAACCUUAUGCGGAACGCCAAACUAUAUAGCUCCAGAAAUUUUAAAUAAAAAGGGCCAUUCAUUUGAAGUUGAUAUUUGGUCAACAGGUUGUAUUAUGUACACAUUAUUAAUUGGUAAACCUCCAUUUGAAACUUCAACUUUAAAGGAAACUUAUACCAGAAUAAAGAAAUGUGAUUAUAGAUUACCUACGACACUUCAUAAACAAUCUGCAAGCAUGAUCAUUGAAAUGUUACAGUCCGAUCCCCAAUCUAGACCAUCUGUAGAUCAACUUCUUAAGCAUGAGUUUUUCAACGCUGGUUACAUGCCUAAGCAGUUGCCAUCUUCUUGUUUAACAAUGGCACCUAGGUUUGACCAAGUUGAAUACUCUAAUACAGAUCGCAAGCCUCUUCAUGAAAUUAAUAGAGGUAACGAUUCUAUUAUGAUGGUUGAUAGUCCCAAAAAAUAUGCAAUGGAAACAAUUGCAGCUGGUUGCCGUUUAAAUCCAAUAAGAGGAGUUGAAGAAUAUAAACAAAAUAUUGUAAACCUUAGAGACCAAUUGAUUCAACUGCUAAAAACUAAGCCUGGCCGCGUGCAUGGUAACUUUGGAGAUGAAAUGUCUGAUCCUGCAUCACAACCGUUGGUCUGGGUUUCUAAGUGGGUAGAUUACAGUGACAAAUAUGGAUUUGGUUAUCAGCUUUGCGAUGAAGGAGUUGGAGUAAUGUUCAAUGAUACUACAAAACUUAUUAUGCUUGCAAAUGCUGUGAAUGUGCAUUAUAUUGCAAAAGAUGGAACAGAAUCAUACAUGACGAUGGACAGUUACCCAGCAGUUCUUGAAAAGAAGAUGAAAUUACUUACAUACUUUCGAAGAUAUAUGUCGGAGCAUCUUAUGAAAGCUGGUGCUUCUGUACCAGUGCGGGAAUGUGAUUCAUUGUCUAGAAUUCCACAUUUACACCAAUGGUUUAGGACAAAUUCUGGUGUUAUAAUGCAUUUAACAAAUGGCACAGUUCAGAUCAAUUUCCUGGAUCACACUAAAAUCAUAAUGUGCCCAUUAAUGGCUGCUGUAACAUAUAUUGAUCAAGAGAAAAACUUCAGAACAUUUCCAUUUGCAACAAUAGAAAAAUAUGGUUGCUCAAUGGGUCUCGCACAAAAUCUACGUUAUGCCUUAGAGAAGAUAAAUAAUAAUCUUAUGGAAACUUAAAGUUAAAAUUUCAAUAUAAUAUGAUUGAUUUUUUGCUCAUUCAAGCUCUCACACCAUGUUUAAAUAACAUAUAGAACAUAUUUUUAUACAAGUUUUAAUCAAAUUUUUAGAU